AAUUAGAAGCAAAGAUAUUCAAUGGGUUACAUUCUACUCCAUUUUCCCAAAUGAUUAGAUCUUCUCUAGGUAGUGGUGUUAUGAUCAUGGCCUCUCCAUGUUGGACUGGCCAAUUGAACUGUACCAAGCACCCAUGCACAUGCCCCAAGACCAUGGGAGUAAACAUCAGUUGAUGAUCCCACAUCAGGUUUUUAAGGUAGAGGAAAGAGGACAUGUAAAGGAAGAGCAGUGCUCCUCUCCCGUAUAUUUAAGAUUGUAUGCCUUCAUCAGGUUGGUUCCACCAUGCAUGUUUAGUGCCAGUGGCAUGCAAGUCAGCCUGGUUGACUCCUCAAGUUGGCCAAUUACGUACACUGAAUGCAGAUUGUUGAUCAAUCUUUUUCAAUAUUUUCUAAAUUCUAAGUAUCGUAUUUUCUCAUAUGCAUGUGACCCAAUUGAUGUCUAGACCAACCUACUUUUGGGGCAUGGCCACACAUUCCCAAUCCGUGACCCACAUCUUACACGUGCUACAUUUGCAUGUUUGAGGAGAGUGAUGGCUACUCCUAGUAGCUCCAGUUCUCCAUGACAGAAAUGUGUCCACCAAGUAAGACAAACAGCCAAUUUUAAGUUGGUGACCCUCCACUGUAUACACGAUUGUAGUGAGGAUUAAUCCAUACCAUUCAUGAUGUGGACCCUGUCAUGGAUGGCCCCAUGGUACAAAAGCACACCGAACAUGGUUCCUGCUAUCUAAUUUUUCACCUGCAAGUGAGCAAUAAAAAAGAAAGGGGCCAAGGUUAUCCAAUAGGCGUGUGUUAUUGAUGUUGGGCAAUCAUUUGCAGGGCCCAUCAGAUGGGAGAGUCUAGAUUCAUUCUAGAUGCGUGUUGCAGGGGCAAUGUAUAAGACUGAUUUGGUCUGCAAGAAACCUGGAAAAAAAGCUUCAACAAAAUGUUGCAUUAUGAAGAAUCUGAGGCCAUGGAAGUUUGUUCCGGGAAAUGAAGGAGAGGCAGCGCUGGAAAGCUGAGGAGGACGCUCUCUUACGUGCAUAUGUGAAGCAGUAUGGCCCACGGGAGUGGAAUCUCAUUUCCGAGCGUAUGAAUGUCCCUCUCAACCGGGACGCGAAAUCCUGCCUAGAGAGGUGGAAGAACUACCUUAAGCCCGGCAUCAAGAAAGGUUCGCUUACUGACGAGGAGCAGCGCCUUGUCAUCCGUCUCCAAGCCAAGCACGGCAACAAGUGGAAGAAGAUUGCCGCCGAGGUCCCGGGCCGCACUGCCAAGAGGUUAGGCAAGUGGUGGGAAGUCUUUAAGGAGAAGCAGCAGCGGGAUCUGAAAGACAGCAAGGUAAUUGAGCCAAUUGACGAAGCCAAGUACGACCACAUCCUUGAGACAUUUGCAGAGAAGCUGGUGAAAGAACGGCAAGGCCCAUUCCUCAUGGCCACCUCCAAUGGCUUCCUUCACUCCGACCCACCCCCUCCACCGCAACCGUUACUUCCCCCAUGGCUGUCAAAUUCCAACGGUCCAUCCUCUGUUAGGUCGACAUCGCCUUCGGUUACUCUGACUCUCUCACCGUCGACUAUUCCUUCAGCUCCCAUUCCGUGGAUUCAGCCGGAAAGAGGAUCAGAUAAUUGCUUGCUCUUGGGUAGCUUACAGCAUGGUGCAGCCCCCACUGCAGACAGUCUGAUGGUUUCUGAACUGGUGGAGUGCUGCAGAGAGUUGGAAGAGGGGCAUCGGGCCUUGUUGUCGCAUAAGAAGGAAGCAGCCUGGAGGCUGAGGAGGGUGGAGCUGCAACUGGAGUCAGAGAAGGCGUCCCGGCGGCGGGAGAAGAUGGAAGAGAUAGAGUCGAAGGUGCGCGCACUCAGAGAAGAGCAGAAGGUGACCCUGGACCGGAUUGAGGUGGAGUACAAGGAGCAGUUAUCGGGCCUGAGGAGGGAUGCAGAAGCAAAGGAGCAGAAGCUAGCAGAGCAGUGGGCCACAAAACACCUUCGGCUGGCUAAGUUUCUUGAGCAGGUGGGUUGUCGGCAGCGGCCCACUGAGUCAAACGGCCGGUGAAAGAGAUCAACCGUUUAAGGCUUUAAGGUUAGUUCAUAUGAUAUUUCGAGCUUCUUUCUUUCCCCCCCUCAUCUUCCAUCCUUCAUCUUCGGUGUCAUCUUAUGUGUAUUCUUAUAUGCUGGUAGAACUCGAAUUAUAGUGUAUAUUUUUGCUGCCUUGAUAAUUACUCCCAGUAUUAAUCUUUUGCAUUUUA